AUGAAGAGUGAGCUGAGUGGAAAGGGAGAGAGCGAGGAGAUCGGUUCCAUUCAGCAUCGCUCCCCGGUGGCACUGGCACUCUCGGUACCCAGGAGAAGCUUCCAUUACUGACUCCUGUCAAUGCAACAGCUACACGGGGAGUCUGUGCUCUGUUCUGGGGAUACACUUGUUCUUAGGGGGCAGCAAGGCAUAAGGACAUUUUCUUUCUCUUUGGGAAGCCACACCAGCUGCCAAGACGCCCCGUGCCGUGCUCCGAGUGAAAAAUGGGGCAGCCAAACUGCCCAAGCCCCACUCAGAGCCUGGGGGCACCCCGGGCAUGUUCAUGGAGAGGUCCCAGAGCAGGAUUAGUCUGUCUGCCUCCUUCGAGGCUCUGGCCGUCUAUUUUCCCUGCAUGAACUCCUUUGAUGAAGAUGAUGGGGAAGAUGGGCGCAAGCUGAAAGGUGCCAUCCAACGCAGUACAGAGACGGGUCUGGCUGUUGAGAUGCCAAGCCGGACGGUGCGCCAAGCAAGCCACGAAUCUAUAGAAGACAGUAUGAACAGCUAUGGGUCUGAAGGAAACUUAAACUACAGUGGGAUGUGCUUGGCAUCGGAUGGCCAGUUUGGGGACUUCCUAUCAGGCAUGGGUCCAGCUCAGUUUGUUGGCCGGCAAACGUUAGCAACUACAUCAAUGGGGGAUGUUGAGAUUGGUUUAUUAGACAGAAAUGGACAACUUGAAGUGGAAAUUAUCCAGGCACGAGGUUUAACGGCAAAGGCGGGAUCUAAAACUCCUCCAGCUGCUUAUAUAAAAGUCUACCUGUUAGAGAAUGGAGUGUGCAUCGCAAAGAAGAAGACAAAAGUUGCCCGCAAAUCAUUAGACCCGCUAUAUAAUCAGGUGCUUCUAUUUACAGAGAGCCCGCAAGGAAAAGUACUACAGGUGAUGGUAUGGGGAAAUUAUGGCCGAAUGGAGCGAAAGCAUUUCAUGGGAGUGUCAAGAAUACUUUUAGAAGAACUGGAUUUGUCCAGCAUGGUUAUUGGCUGGUACAAGCUUUUCCCGACCUCCUCAAUGGUGGAUCCAUCCACAGGCCCACUUCUUCGCCAAUCUUCGCAGCUUUCCUUGGAAAGCACAGUCGGACCUUGCUGCGAGAGAUCCUAAUAGUCAACAAGAUGACCUUUGUGUUUUUUUUUUAAAAAGCCGCCACCAAGGUUUUGUUUGGAUCUCUGACCUCGAACAUAUUGCAUGUUUGACCAGCUUUUCUGGAAAUUGAAAGUAACCAAACAACCUUUCAAGAGGGAUUGAGAGAGCGGGGGGAUAAGAAAGAGAGGGGGGGUUCAUUCCUUCGUAGGAAAGUAACCUUCGGUCCGUGCCCUGAGUCUAUAAACAAAAAUCAUACAAAUACCUCUAUUCUCACGUUUGAUGUCUUCUAUUAACAUAAAUCUGAGAUAGAGAAACGGCAGACGUCACGGUAUCUUUUAUCGCAGAGGAAGGUAUUUUCAUAGCUUUCUAUUGAGAACUUUUUAAACAUUCCUAUAACUAUUGCCUAAGGAAAGGAUUUAACUGGAAAAUGGGAAUCCCAGCGGCGGCGCUUUUGCUGCGGGCGCUAUUUAUUUAUUGUACAGUGAAUAUAUCUUAUUGAUUUGAAAACUGUGCCAAACUUGCCAGGAAGUGUCUUUACUACUUGGUUAAUGCAGUUGAUAAAUCACUUGGGGGGGUGGGGAGUAAACCUAUACCGUCAUUGAAUUAGAAUAGUCCAUAGAAUAGAAUAGGUUCUGUACGUUGAUCAGGGAAGCGCUAACCCAGUGCUGUUGACCAAUAGAAUUUAAGCCAUUGUAUACCAGCAGAAUCUUUUAUGAAAUACUCCGGAGCAUGAGGUGAGCAUUAGGAGACACCUAUACUAGUAGCGCUAGUGUUUUUACCGUAGAACUCCAGUACCAGUAGCAGUGAAUGGGUUCCGUAACCAACGUCUCUUCCCACCCAAGUGAGAUACGUGCCAAUUCUAGAAUAGAUCCGUGUUGUAGACGAUCCCAUUCGAUUUGUUACAAGUUUAAAUAUUUAUAUAGUGAAAAAAAAAAACAAACUUGAAUCGCCGAUUAGGAAAAAAAAAAUGUAAUUAUCCGAAAAUCUUGAAUAUAUAUAUAUUUAAAGCGUGUUUUAGAACAUAAUAUAAUUUCUCUCUGCUGUGUGUGCACAUGAAUAACAUAAUCAGAUUUUUUCAGUCCUCGCAUCACCGAGGUCAUUGAUAGAAGGGGGCAAGUUGCAUUAUAGGCAUUUUCUUCCACAAGGGAAAUGUAUAGAUAAAAAAAGCUUUGUUUGAUAUUUUUGCUGCUACUUAUAAAUAAAAAAAAAAAAACCCAAUACCAAAAUGAUAGUUUGUGUAUAAAGGAAUAGGAGAAAUAGGUGAGUGUAUAUUUCAGAGCGUUUAUUAUUCUCUGUAUGUGCUCAGUUUAAUGUCUCAGUCUUAUAUAAGGUGUGUAGAUGCCCUUGCACAAGCACUACAAUCUCUCUCUAGCAUCAAUUUUUGUGCAACAAAAUGUGAUUUGACAUGUUCCUGUUCCUAAUGGUUUGAUAGACAUGAAUCCUACUCUAUUUACUUGACUAUGUGGUUUUGGCACUAUGCUAAACUCCCUGAAUGCUUUGAUAUCCAUAACUUUAACAAAAUGUUUCAUGUUAUAAUGUGUUUCUAAUUGUCAUUUAAUCAGGAUUCAGGUUUCGGAUACUUGAGUUCACCUAUUAGCAAGGUUGCCAUGAGUGCAAGGUUGUCAUCUUUAUCAACCAGCUUGUGCUUGAGUAGUUCUCCUAGAGAUACAAGUCCCAGCAUCUUCAGCUGUGAGAAUGAUGGGAACUGUACUCCAGUAGCCUCUAUGGAGCUACAAUCCUUCUAUAGCAUAACCUUAUUGGAGCUGGUGAAACUUCUCUUAAAUUUUCUAGUGGCUCCUUCUGGUUCUUCAGUUGAGUUGAGGUUGUCACCUUGUGGUUGAGUAGUUCUCCUAGAGAUACAACUCCCAGUAUCUUCAGCUGUGAGAAUGAUGGGAACUGUACUCCAGUAGCCUCUAUGGAGCUACAAUCCUUCUAUAGCAUAACCUUAUUGGAGAUGGUGAAACUUCUAUUGAAUGUUCUAGUGGCUCCUUCUGAUUCUUCAGUUGAGUUGAGGUUGUCACCUUGUGGUUGAGUGGUUCUCCUAGAGAUACAACUCCCAGUAUCUUCAGCUGUGAGAAUGAUGGGAACUGUACUCCAGUAGCCUCUAUGGGGCUACAAUCCUUCUAUAGCAUAACCUUAUUGGAGAUGGUGAAACUUCUAUUGAAUGUUCUAGUGGCUCCUUCUGAUUCUUCAGUUGAGUUGAGGUUGUCACCUUGUGAUUGAGUAGUUCUCCUAGGUCAGUGAUCCCCAAACAGUGGCUAGAGAGUAACAUGUUGCUCACCAGUCCCUUGGAUGUUGCUCCCAA